AUGGCCGCUGAGUCUGGGGAGGCAGGCCAGACGGGGCCAAUUGCCGUGUCGUUGCCGGUCAACAUGACCAUCGCGGGCCUCUUCGCCAUAGCGUGCUACAACUGUCUCGAGAUCCUCAUCUCGCUACUGAAUCGCUUCAAACGGCACGAUGGUCUUUAUUUCUGGAGUAUGGUGGUAGCGACGCUGGGGAUUCUGCUGCACAGCAUUGUUGUCGUGUUGAGGUACUACAGCUUGGGGCCGAAUUUCUUGCUCUGCGUUUUGACGUGCGUGGGCUGGUAUGGAAUGGUCACCGGUCAAUCUGUCGUGCUGUAUUCCCGACUACAUCUCAUCGUUGAGGAUAAGUCGAAGACGCGAUGGGUGUUAUACAUGAUCAUCAUCAACUUCUUCAUACUACAUGUUCCGACGACGGUCCUCUUCCUCGGAAGCAACACCAAACACUCGAGCCACUUCAUCGGCGCCUUCAAUAUCUACGAACGCCUUCAACUCGCCGGCUUCUGCAUCCAAGAAACAAUCAUCUCAGGUCUCUACAUCUGGGAAACAUCGCGGGGCCUUAAACCGAUCUUCGCCGUGCGAAAGAAAAUGGAGCGCAAGAUUAUGCGGUACCUCAUCAUCGUCAACAUCCUCGUCAUCCUCCUCGACAUCAGCCUCAUCCUCACGCAGUACAUGAGCCACUUCAACAUCCAAACAACCUACAAACCCGUCGUGUACAGCAUAAAACUCAAGAUGGAGUUCGUGGUGCUGAAUAAAUUGCUGUUACUCGUGCAGCACAGCGAUUGCAAUUGCAUGCACAUCGCCGGCGAUCCCGAAACCCCACCACAAGACCCUUCACAGCUCGAAUGUCAAUCGAUCGAACGAAAUUCCUCUACGCGAACAGGGAGCGACGUUCCCAUUCAAAUGAACCACGUACAAAAGUACACUACCAAUGCCUCAUCACAGUCGGGAGGUCGUCACCAAAAGGCCAGCCCUCUUCACUUCCUCGACUACUCUCCUCAAACAGCCACUGAAGCACUACCCUCACCGCUGUUACGAGUUCCCCAACUGCAAAUGCCGAAGCCAUCACCCGACAUUGAUGCUCCCGUAAGCUAA